AUGCUGAGAGGCGGUUUCCAGUCGCUGGCCCAUGAUUUCUGUACGGACUCUGGCCAGCCGGACUGGUGCAAGAAGGAGACGCCGUCGGAACCGCAGUGCCUCUGUCCUGGCCGGGCAAAGCUUUACUUGGAAUCUUGGAAGCACUUCUGGGGAUGA